ACAAAACCGUCCGCGUUCAUCGUCGUUCUUCACACGUAACGCCGUUUCCAUUUUCUCUCUGUUUCUCUUCUUCCCAUCAAAAGCAGCAAUAAAUUCCCCCCACACACUCCUACUUAACGUGCUCGUUUCCUCUCCCGAAUCCCCACAUUUUGAGAGCUUUCAAUUUUGUGUUUUUUUAUUGAUUUGAGUUUUGAGAGAGUGCGAUGGGUAGAGAGAGGGAGGGAGAUCUGAGAGCGGAUGCGCUGCGGGAUUUGAUAACGAAGGCGGGGGGGUGCGCCGUCGUGGACGGAGGCUUCGCCACGCAGCUGGAGAAGCACGGCGCCUCCAUUAACGAUCCUCUUUGGAGCGCGCUCUGCCUCAUUAAGAGCCCUGAUUUGAUCAAAAAGGUGCAUCUCGAGUAUCUGGAAGCUGGUGCGGAUGUUAUAGUAACUUCGUCUUAUCAGGCUACUUUACCAGGAUUCCAGUCGAGGGGAUUGUCGAUGGAAGAAGCAGAAUCACUUCUUACAACGAGUGUAAGGAUUGCAGUUGAGGCCCGUGAUAAGUUUUGGACGUCAGCUAAGAGGAGGGUUGGAAAUAGCUACAACAGAGCUCUUGUUGCUGCUUCAAUUGGAAGCUAUGGUGCUUAUCUUGCUGAUGGCUCUGAAUACAGUGGGAACUACGGCCCUGAUGUUAAUUUGGAGAAGCUGAAGGACUUCCAUAGACGUCGUCUGCAGGUUCUUGUCGAAGCAGGUCCUGAUUUGCUUGCUUUUGAGACCAUUCCUAACAAACUAGAGGCUCAGGCAUGUGCAGAGUUGCUUGAUGAAGAGGGCGUUUCGAUCCCAUCAUGGAUCUGUUUCAGCUCUGUUGAUGGGGAGAAUGCGCCCUCGGGAGAGACCUUCGAGGAGUGCCUCGACGUGAUCAACAAGAGCAGCCGAGUCAGUGCUGUUGGCAUAAACUGCGCUCCUCCUCAUUUUGUUCUCAGCCUCAUCCAGAGAUUCAAGCUGCGCACUGAUAAGGCCGUAGUUGUCUACCCCAACAGUGGUGAGAUAUGGGAUGGCAUUGCCAAAAAAUGGCUGCCAUCGAAAUGCUUUGAUGAUGACAAGUUCGAGGUGUUCACAACAAGGUGGCGGGAUGCUGGAGCGUCGUUGAUCGGUGGCUGCUGCCGGACUUCUCCUUGCACAGUUCAAGCAAUUUCUAAAGUGUUGAAGAAGGAGAGGAGCUGAUGAAUAAUAAGGUUUACUACUAUGAUAUAGUCAAUUAACUGUAACGCAGUUGUGCUUUCAUGUGUUUGUCUUUGUAUCUCUGGUUUAAUAAUAUUUGUUUAUUUAUUCAAUAAACUAUUUAUUCAUUUGCA